AUGGCCUCUCUCCCUUUCAAGAUGGUUUGUCUUGAUUUGGAUGGGACGCUUCUUCAACCGGAUCAUACUGUCUCUGAAUUCACCAGGACAAUAUUGCAAAAACUUGUCGCACUUGGUGUCCACGUCGUUAUUGCUACGGGUCGACCUUACGCUGAUGUUCGCCAUGUUACCGAAACAAUAAGGUUCAACGCACUUCUUGGGAAUACUGACCAUUCUGGCGUAUGCUAUACCAUCACUUCAAAUGGUGCACGCAUUUACAACGACAAAGGACGGAUUAUAGUUAGAAAGAACAUCCCAGAAACGUUUUGCCGUGUCCUAUAUGGUUUGGAGAAGGAUGAUAACGAGGUGAAUGUUAAUGUCUUCCGAGAUGUAGUAAGGCACAAUUCUCCUCCAAAGAUGGAAAGAAUGAACACUAAAGAUAACGCGUGCGAUAAUAAUUCAGUUCUACUCGAAGACGAAAAUGAAGUGUUUCUAACAUUGAACAAUGCAGAGAAUGUUGAAUGCGAGGAGGAGUGGGUUUGUCGUCACCCAGCAGUUGAAGAAGCCAAACUGUAUGAAAAGAGUAACUUUUGUUACAGAGUAGAACAACAUUUGGAGUUAAAUUAUCCUACUGAUAACGUAAGUGAGAUUUUUUUUCUGUGUUACAAUUUCCAAAAAGCUAUGGAACUGGAAAGGAGAAUUGAUAUGUUGAAUUCUGAGUUUGAGCGACAGAUUCGAGAAGAGAGUGAUAAACACGAUAUAGGGUCUGCAGGUAUUGUGGUUGCUCCUUCAGCUGCCCACUGUCUUGACAUAGUACCAAAAAAUACUUCUAAAGGUAUAGCCGUACAAGAUGUAGCGAGACGUCUUGGUCUUACUAUGAAUGAUGUGAUUGCUUUCGGUGAUGGUUUAAAUGAUGUUUCGAUGCUAUCAAUUGUCAAGAAAGGUUGUGUUAUGCUUAACGCGAAUCCACGCUUGAAGGAAAUGUUACCACAUCUCGAAAUUGUGGGGUCCAAUAGUGAAGAUGGUGUUGCAAAAAAACUCCAAGAAAUUUUUUGUUUGUGA